UGCUAUACCAAAUAAUGGACGUUAUUUAAUUGGAGGGCAAAGUUCUGACCCAGAACCAGGAAUGCCAAUUAAUGAAUGGACAGUUCUCAAAUAUAAAUGUGAUCCUGGCUACUUUUUGAGUGGUAGUGAAACCAUAUUUUGCGUAGGAGGUUCUUGGAGUUCUAUACCAUUAUGUCGAAAAAUGUGCAAUCCACUUACCUCAACUAGUGUGGACAUAUAUUGCGUUUACAAGAAUGAAAAAGUGUCAUGCGAAAAUCCCAUGGCGGCAGGAACUACGGCAGAUUUAACUUGUAAAAAAGGAUACACACUUUACUAUGCACCUGACAACACGAGAAUAACCUGUGAUAUUGAUGGAACUUGGAAUUCUAGUCCUUUCAAAUGCACACCAGAAUGCGGUCUUCCAUCUCCAAAAGGUCACGGAUUGAUCAUAGGUGGUCAAAAAGUUAGGGUUGGAGAUUUUCCUUGGCAUGCAGGAAUUUAUGAAAAAAAUGAAACAGACAAUAGAUACAAUAAGCAAAUAUGCGGAGGAUCAAUAAUUAAUGCGAAAAUGAUUAUAACCGCCGCUCAUUGCUUUUAUCCGACCGGUGGUUCGGAGCCAUAUGAUAAAUCAAAAUUUGCGGUUGCUGUAGGAAAGAUUUACAGAAAAUGGCUUGACGAGCGAGAUGUGUUUGCUCAACUCAACAAUGUAGAUCAGCUUCUCAUACCUUCAACGUAUGACGAUUUGAUUGGCAACUACGCCCAAGAUAUUGCCAUUAUUAUUACACAAUUUGCAUUAACGUUUUCACCAUUUGUACGUCCUAUAUGCGUGCAAUGGACGUUCAGGGGCGAAGAGGAAGAAUUGAAGCCAAACACACCUGGAAUUGUAUCCGGCUGGGGUUUGACGACUGAGAAUGGUGAGCCAAGUGAAGAACUCAAAUCCAUAACUCUUCCAAGUGUUCCCCGAUACGCAUGCCGCGAGAAUUUUCCGGCCGAUUUCCGUCCAUAUUUGACGCCCGGAAAAUUCUGCGCCGGAUAUCAGAACGGUAGCAGCGUCUGUCAAGGGGACAGCGGCGGCGGCCUUUGUUUUCCUCGGGCAUUGGACCAAAACACAACCGUAUACUUCCUCAGGGGCGUUGUUUCCGUAGGGCCAACUCGGGAUGGAUCAUGCGACUCUAAUCAAUACACAGUUUUCACCAGCGUCCUGGCGAAUCUGGAAUGGCUCAAGACUCACAGAGCCCAUUCAAGCGUUUAACAAAAUAUAUAUUAGACAUCGAUCCAACACAUUAAAUAUUUAAGACACUCCAGCACCAUCAAGGUUUGCAAAAAAGCAAAGUGUAUUGACCAACGUUGAUCAUCUACCAAGUCAAAGCAAAUGUAUAAGACAUCAACAAAAUCAACAAGUAAUCUCCUAGUUUCCCCAGUAUGCGUAAAAUUACUGUUGAUGAUGCUAUAUGAAGGUGCUUCUGGUGAUACUAAGUUGGAAAUUUUGAGACUACUCUCCCUUCCUGAUAGUUACCCGAGCAACAAGAAACUUGCAGGAAAAAUUAUAGUUUCCCUUAAGGCCAAGAAUCAAGCUUACCAUUUGGAUUUCGACACCAGGAUUUACAUUUUCCACAUGAUCCAGCC